GAAAUUUGAAGAUAUGAAAUGGCAUUUUAAGGUUAUUUGAUUUUAAUGUGUGAGCAGGAAAGAAGGCUCUGUGGAAGCAUAAUGUCUAUGGGUUGGCGCCAAGUGUUGCAUCGGCACACCAUAUAUUGACGUAUGCUAAGAAUCACAAUGAUACUAAUCUAUUGGUGGAAGUAAUGAAACUUUUGAAGAGGAAUGAUUUACCAUUGCAACCGGGCACGGCAGAUAUAGUUUUUAGCAUUUGUUACAAUACAGAUGAAUGGGAGUUGAUUAAUAAGUACGCGAAAAGGUUUGUUAAGGCUGGUGUAAAACUACGACAAACCUCAUUUGAUACAUGGAUGAGAUUUGCUGCCAAAAGAGGAGACACUGAGUCAUUAUGGAAAAUAGAAAAGUUGAGAUCUGAUUCAAUGAAGCAGCACACUUUGGCAACUGGGUUUUCUUGCGCCAAGGGCCUUUUAUUGGAACGUAAACCUAAUGACGCCGUUGCCAUCAUUCAAGUUCUAAAUCAGGUAUGGAGUGUAUGUUGUUUACUUCUUCCUAUGUGAUAAAUUUCUUCACCAAUGAGUGAAACAAAGAAAUGCUUCUCAAAUAGAAAUAAAACAGCGCUAGAUGAAAUUGUAAUGUUAUUACCCUGGAAAGAUUGGUCAAAGUACAAA